AAUACAAGUGGAUGUUGUUGGCUGUGUGUGACACAUGAUUGUAGCCAUGGCCAAAAGGCAAUGCAAGAAACAAGGGAAAAAGUGAAAGCAGGUUGUGUUGGUUGGCAAGAAAAUGUGGGGAGCUGAAAGAAAUCAGAGAUUCAAGAUAGGAAUAGAGUGAAAAAUCAAAUCUUUUUUCUCCCCUCUUGCAUUUUUAUAGGCUGCUACAUUCAAUCAGCACAAUGAGGAAGCAUGGAUGGCAACUUCCCUAUCAUCCUCUUCAGGUGGUAGCUGUUGCUGUAUUUCUGGCAUUGGGAUUUGCUUUCUAUGUCUUCUUUGCACCUUUUGUGGGAAAGAAAUUGCUUCAGUAUAUUGUGAUGGGGCUUUAUACUCCUCUUAUAAUUAGUGCAUUUGGCUUGUAUAUCUGGUGCGCUGCUGCUGAUCCUGCUGAUCCAGGAGUUUUUAAAUCCAAGAAGUAUCUUAAGAAGCUAGACCACAAAAAGCAAGUUCAACUUAAAGAAUCUAAAUUAGGGUGUGAGACAAAUUCGUCUAUUCAAGAUGCUAAUGCUGCAUCGAUUGAGGAAAAUGCAACUGGGAAAAACAAUAAAGGAGCUGAACCAGCUGCAGAUCACAAUGAAACUGAACAGAAAAUUACAGAUACUCGUCAAAGAUCUUGUUCUUCCGGAUUGUUGGCUCUACUACCUUGUGCUAUUAUCAGCAACUGCGCAGGCAGACAUGAGGAGUCUUCUCAGCAACAGUUGAGUGAAGAUGGCAUGUUCUACUGCAGUUUGUGUGAAGUAGAGGUAUUUAAAUACAGCAAGCAUUGCAGAGUAUGCGACAAGUGCGUCGAUCAGUUUGACCAUCAUUGCAGGUGGAUAAACAACUGUAUAGGGAAAAGGAACUAUCGCAAGUUCUUUACUCUCAUGGUUUCAGCCCUCCUGCUGCUUAUACUUCAGUGGUCAACUGGAAUUCUUGUUCUUAUCUGCUGCUUUGUUGAAAAGAAGAAAUUUUCUGCGGAGAUCACCUCCAAAUUAGGAAGCAGUUUCUCCAUUGUUCCCUUUGUUAUCGUAGUGGCUGUCUGUACCAUCUUGGCCAUGAUAGCAACCCUGCCACUUGCUCAACUCUUCUUCUUUCACAUACUUCUCAUAAAGAAGGGAAUUAGCACCUAUGACUACAUCAUUGCUCUCAGAGAUCAAGAGCAACAAGGAGUUGCAGGUCAGCAAAGUCCUCAAAUGUCUACUGUUAGCUCCCUUACUGGAUUAAGCAGUGCAAGUUCCUUCAAUACUUUCCAUCGAGCAGCAUGGUGCACACCACCUCGCCUUUUUGUUGAGGAUCAGUAUGAUGUAGUUCCUCCUGACACUGUAUCGGUCAGUUCACUUGGCAAAAGGUCAACGGCGGAGGAACCUAUCAAGAAAAAGAAUCCAGCUGCUGUGAAGAUUAGCCCAUGGACGUUAGCACGAUUAAAUGCAGAGGAUGUUUCAAAAGCUGCUGCUGAAGCAAGGAAGAAAUCGAAAAUUCUCCAGCCAGUGGUGAGAAACAAAGAACCUUACAUUCUUGAAACGAAUAGCAGUUUAGGAAGUAGUGGGCGUCGCAUGGUGCCUAGGGUUGAUAACAAUAGAAGGAGAGCUAGUAAACGAGUUCGACUCCCUGCAGAGUUACCCUUUGAAACCAUGAGUAAAAUUCCCAAUGAUAUAGCUCAAAACAGUAGAAGGCCCAUGAUAAUUGAGUCAUCAAGCAGUUUAGCUCCCCUUCAGCUUGAAGCACGGAGUGAUUUCCGAACAACCCGAGGACUGUCCACCUCAGGUGUUGUUGUUGCUUCUUCACCUGAGAGUAGUUUGGACUCUCCUGACAUUCACCCACUCCGGGUUUCAUCCUCAGGAGUUGAAGACGCUGCACGUCUUGUAGGUCAUCUAUCAUCUGGAAUGACUCUUCAGAAGGACACUCCAUUGUCUAGAUCGACUAGUGAUGGAUACGAGGCAUCUGGUGGGGAGGAUAGUGAUCGUGUGCCUACCCGAAUUGUGCAAAGGUCAACAAGGUGGAGUAGCAUUCUUUUUGGCUCUGAUCAACAAGAUGAUAGAGUCAGAAGAUUGAUGGUCCCGUCUUCAUCAAGCCAGGCUAACAUCAGGAAGCAUUGAACCUCCAAACAUACUUGGGAAUUCUUCUGUAAGCUCUUGAAGCUACAUGAUCUGUUAACAUUUCUUAAUUUGUUGAUGAUGUUUGUCCAGUAGUAUAUACCUUCAACUUGGCCUGUUCCAUUGUC